CCGCUCCCCCCCUCCCCCCCCUCCCCUCCCCGCUCCCCCCCUCCCCCCCCCUCCCCUCCCCGCUCCCCCCCUCCCCCCCCCUCCCCUCCCCGCUCCCCCCCUCCCCCUCUUCGCUCCCCCCCCUCCCCCUCCCCCUCUUCGCUCCCCCCCCCUCCCCCUCCCCCUCUUCGCUCCCCCCCCUCCCCCUCCCCCUCUUCGCUCCCCCCCUCCCCUCCCCGCUCCCCCCCUCCCCCUCUUCGCUCCCCCCCUCCCCCUCUUCGCUCCCCCCCUCCCCCUCUUCGCUCCCCCCCUCCCCCUCUUCGCUCCCCCCCUCCCCCUGUUCGCUCCCCCCCUCCCCUCUUCGCUCCCCCCCUCCCCCUCUUCGCUCCCCCCCUCCCCCUCUUCGCUCCCCCCCUCCCCUCCCCCCUCCCCGCUCCCCCCCCUCCCCUCCCCCCUCCCCGCUCCCCCCCUCCCCGCUCCCCCCCUCCCCCCUCCCCGCUCCCCCCCUCCCCUCCUCCCCCCUCCCCUCCCAGCUCUCCCCCCCCUCCCCCCCCCUCCCCCCCCAGCUCCCCCCCCCUCCCCCCCAGCUCCCCCCCAGCUCCCCCCCUCCCCCCCAGCUCCCCCCCUCCCCCCCCCUCCCCCCCAGCUCCCCCCCUCCCCCCCCCUCCCCCCCCCUCCCCCCCUCCCCCCCCCCCUCCCCCCCUCCCCCCCCCCUCCCCCCCCCCUCCCCCCCCCCUUCGCUCCCCCCCUCCCCCCCUCCCCCCCCCCCCUCCCCCCCCCUUCGCUCCCCCCUCCCCCCCCCUUCGCUCCCCCCUCCCCCCCCCCUUCGCUCCCCCCCCCCUCGCUCCCCCCCCCCCUCGCUCCCCCCCCCCUCGCUCCCCCCCCCCCCAGCUCCCCCCUCCCCCCCCACUCCCUCCCCCCCCCCACCUUCACUCCCAGCUCCCUCCCCCCCCCCCACCUUCACUCCCAGCUCCCUCCCCCCCCCCACCUUCACUCCCAGCUCCCUCCCCCCCCCCACCUUCACUCCCAGCUCCCUCCCCCCCCCCACCUUCACUCCCAGCUCCCUCCCCCCCCCCACCUUCACUCCCAGCUCCCUCCCCCCCC